AUGAAAUUGCUACCUAGUUUAGGCCACGUUCUGCAAAUUUGCGAUUUGUUGUGUAAGCGCAGUCUCCACAAGCUCCCCUCGAGGUACAUCAUCGCAUCCAGACGCGAAAAUGUCUACGAAAAAGCCCUGGAAGAAUGCAGGAAAGCGGGAGAAAGGAUGCGCAAAGUAACCGACGAAACCGCCAUGUAUCCUAGAAUCUCGCUCAACCCGUACUUAAGUCGCUUCAACUCCGAAGAGGACUGGAUCCGCAGCUUCAUGAUAGGGUUCAACAAAGGGUUAGUCGUCAACACCAGGUCCGAAGAAGACCAGAAACCUUCAUGGGGUCCAGUUGAAGAUAAGUGCCAGAAAAAGGGCGGCUGCAACAAGGACUCGCAGCGGCAACUCUACUACGGACCCUGGGAAGACUGCAAAGAAGAAGACACCUGUCACGAAGACGACCCGUGCUAUUGUCCACCGAAGAAGACGAAGAGGGGCGAUAAGAAGAAGUGCGACGGUGGCGGCGACACAUGCUACGAAAUGGCCAAAAAGGACGACCCUUGCAAGAAAAAAGAAGACAAGAAGAAGGACGACCCUUGCAAGAAGAAGGGAGACAAAAAGGAGAAGAAGGACCCUUGCAAGAAAAAGGACGACAAGAAGAGUGACCCUUGCAAGAAGAAGAAGGACGACAAGAAGAGCGACCCUUGCAAGAAGAAAAAGGACGACAAGAACAGCGACCCUUGCAAGAAGAAAAAGGACGACAAGAAGAGCGACCCUUGCAAGAAGAAAAAGGACGACAAGAAGAGCGACCCUUGCAAGAAGAAAAAGGACGACAAGAAGAGCGACCCUUGCAAGAAGAAAAAGGACGACAAGAAAAGCGACCCUUGCAAGAAGAAAAAGGACGACAAGAAGAGCGACCCUUGCAAGAAGAAAAAGGACGACAAGAAAAGCGACCCUUGCAAGAAGAAAAAGGACGACAAGAAGAGCGACCCUUGCAAGAAGAAAAAGGACGACAAGAAGAGCGACCCUUGCAAGAAGAAAAAGGACGACAAGAAGAGCGACCCUUGCAAGAAGAAGAAGGACGACAAAAAGGACAAGAAGAGCGACCCUUGCAAGAAAAAGGACGACAAGAAGAGUGGUUCAGGCAAGAAGAGCGAUCCUUGCAAGAAAAAGGACGACAAGAAGAAAGACGACCCUUGCAAGAAAAAGGGCGACAAAAAAAAGGACGACCCUUGCAAGAAGAAGAAGGAAGACAAGAAGAAAAAAGACGACCCUUGCAAAAAGAAGGAAGACAAGAAGAAAAAAGACGACCCUUGCAAGAAGAAGGAAGACAAGAAGAAAAAGGACGACCCUUGCAAGAAGAAGGAAGACAAGAAGAAGAAGGACGACCCUUGCAAGAAGGACAAAAAGAAGAAACACGACGACGACUGCAAGAACAAGGACUCCGGCAAAAAUGAUCCUUGCAAAUGCAGCGCUUUAGGAAAUUCCGGUAACACGAAGCUCGAAGAUCCGUGCCAUAAGGACAAUCCUUGUCACAGGCCAAAGGAAAUCGGUGCCGACCCCUGUAAAAAGAAACAAGUAGAUGAUUUGUGUAAACGGGACAGGGAUAGAAGAGGAACGAAACGGAAGGUUUGUACCAACAUGAGGAAAACAAACUCGAUGGACCAAAUUCGGGCCAAGUCAGACGCUGCGAAAAUAAAAGCUAUGAGUUCGUGUCCCGAGUUGGGCAAAGACGAAGACGACGAAGAUGUAGAGGAAGAACACGACGUGGAAGUGGAAGAUGAUGUGGAAGACGGGACCAUGAAGGCUGAACAAGCAGGAGGGGACGAAGUAGCACACCCGGAUAUUCUAAAAGAAGUUGACAUUCUCGAUUCGGAAAAAUUAGCGGCGGCUGAACAACUAGGCGACAGAUACAAAAAUAAGGAAUAUUACGCGUUUAAUAAGACCGCCUUCUACGAUAUGCAAGUGUUCAUGACGGACCAACGUACUACGAAACCAGAAGCGAGCGAAGCGCCGGACAACGAAACCCGUGGUAACUAA